AUGGCCAACAAUUUUGCCAGACAUCUUACCAGAUGUCAUAAAGAUGAUCCCGAAGUGCAACAAAUAUUAGCCUUGCCUCAGAAGAAUAAAUUAAGGGUUAUGCUUAUAGGAAAUCUGCGUAAAAGAGGAAAUCAUUUGAUGUACACUAUGAACAAACGCAUCACACCUGUGCGAAAAACGAAAGCGUUCGACUCCAGCAAGUAUUUGCCUUGUAAAUAUUGCCUGGGCUAUUACAGCCAAUCCUUUCUUAGUAGGCACGUCAGUGCUAAACAUAGUAAAUAUAAAGUUGGAAAGGGCCAUCACAAAGUCGAAGGUCAAAAUAUCCUGGUCGAUCAUUUACCCAUCGACAAGCAUCUUAAACGUGUUAUUUUCCCUAAAAUGCGACCAGACCUAUGUUCUUUGGUUGCUAAAAGAGACCCACUCAUUUGCAAGUACGCUGCUUGGUAUCUGAAACUUGAACAGAAACACAACCUACAGAUCUGUACUUUUAGAAUGAGGGAACUUGCUAGGUUGUUGAUGGAAAUUCGAAAAAGAAAUUCCGCUAUUAAAAAUCUGGAAGAAGCACUUCGCCCAAAAUAUUUUGAUCUUCUUAUCGAGAGCAUGAAGGGUUCGAUAAAAAAACCUGAAAAUUUGUACCCAAUUCUUAGGAGAUGCUACGACCUGCUAGCUGCUGCGUCUAAUUCCAAUGAUCAGAGUAAAGCAAGAAUUGUUAAAUAUAAAAGUCUAUUUGAGAAAAAUUGGCCUUUUGAUCGAUCUGUAUCUUGUAGAACGCCCAGUUCUUAUAACGUGACGAUGUUAACUUUAACAGAAAAUUUAAGAGUGUAUAAUAAAUAUCUUUUAAGGGAAACCAGACGUGCAGCGGAGCUGCUAGAAAUUGAGAAAGACAAUAAUUUUGCUUAUCGACUCUUGUUGGAGACUGUUUUUUGUACGAUGGUAUUUUUCAACAGAAUAGAUAUCGAUGAGAUCCAAACACUGCCUUAUCAGAUAUUUAAUGAAAUUAGUUCUGAGGAUAUCAAGCCUGAGAAAGGUGGUAAACUCACUGAACAAGUAUUAUCUAAGAGUAUAAAGAUGGUAGUAGCAAAGGAAGACAAUGUAUGUAUUUUGCUUACACCCGAACUUGAAAAACUUAUAACAAUUCUUAUAAAUUUACGAUCAUAUUACGUGUCAAAUCCAUCAAACAAUUAUCUAUUUUUUCAAGUUGGCUCGGAUGUUUCAAUUUCUGGACAUGAUGUAAUGUUGAAACAUCUGACAAGGUCCCGAAUACCGAAUAGAGAUGUAAUGUUUGCGCCACAUUUACAAGAAACAAUUGUAAAUCUUAUUCACAUUCUACAUAUGAAUAUUAGUGAUACUGAUCAUUUGUUAUCCCUGAUGGGACUUAUUAUUGAUGAUGAGGAUGGCUAUCAGAUUCACGAUGCUUUUGAAAUUGCUAAAAUAGCCAAAAUUCUUGCUGGAUUCGAACAACAUGAUGACGAUAAGUUUUUAGGAAAAUCUUUAAAUGACAUCGAAGUAAAUGUAGAAGAAUAUCUACUAGAUAAUAUUUAUGAAACUUGCCAAAAAUUUGAUGCGAAUAUUAAAAAUACAAGUACCAAUGUGAAUAUUAGAGAUACCAAUGUAAAUAUUAAAGUUAGCAAUGAAGAUGUUAAAGAUGCGAAUGUAAAUGCAUCAUCAUCAACAGAUGUUCCGAAAAUAGACACUAAUAAGGAAAUAACUAAAAGGAGGAGGAUGUUGGUACCCUGGAGUGAAAUUCAAAAAAAAUUAGCUCAAGAAUUUUUCAUACAGCAUAUUGUCGAUAAAAAACCACCGAAAAGGAAGGAAUGUGAACAGUUAAAACAACAGAAUCUGGGUGUUUUCGAUAAUAAGACUUGGGAGCAAAUAAAAGUAUACAUUCAGAAUGUUUAUUGUAAAAAAUCGCAAUUGCUUUUGGUACUUCCAAAGAAAGAAGAUUACGACGAACAAAUUUAA